GUGUCCCCAAGAAGGGUUCUGCUGGCCAGCUGUAGCCUCUUCCCAUGCAUGUUUAAUAGAGGAGAUCAAGUCCUUCCACUGCUUCCAGGCACUCUGCAGACCUGCCCUCUGCUGGGGGGCUCUCUACUUCUACUGCCUCUCUGAAAAGAGAGCAAUCUACUGUUCCUGGACAGUAUCACACAGUACAGAUGAAAAUGCCUAGAAGGAAAGUCUUGCUGCUUCUGUUGCAGGUGCUGCUGGAAUUCUAUUGGGGAUGUGAGGCACAGGCUAACUACCAAGCCCUUGAUCUCCUGUCGCCUUCAGUCCAGAGACAGAUCACAAACUACCUUCAACAGGCGCUCAACAAUCCCUCCAUGAAUGAAGUGUAUAUACUGUCUACAUUUAAGCUGCAGACUAAAUCCUCAGCCAGUCUGUUCGGUCUGUACUCCACAAAGGACAACAGUCGGUUCUUUGAAUUCACAGUGAUGGGACGAUUAAAUAAAGUCUCCCUUCGAUACCUCAAGAGUGAUGGCAAAAUGAACUCUGUCAUCUUCAGCAAUAUAGAACUGGCUGACGGGAAGCAGCACUCAGUCCUUCUGCACCUCAGUGGUCUACAUCGGGGGCCUAGCACUGCUGAGCUCUACUUGGACUGUGACCAAGUGGACGCUGUCAAAGAUCUGCCCCGGCCGCUGUCAGGAGUCACCCUAAACACAGGAUCUGUGCAGCUAAAGACACUGCAGAAGAAACCACAGGAUUCUUUGGAUGAACUGAAGUUGGUGCUGGGUGGUUCUCUUACACAAGUGGCAUCAAUACAGGAGUGCUUUAUGCAGCAGAGUGAACCUGGACAAUAUGCAGGUGAUGUCAGCAGACAGCUUUUGGGUCAAAUCUCCCAGCUCAACCAACUACUUGGAGAACUCAGGGAUGUUAUGAGACAGCAGGUAAAAGAGACCAUGUUUUUGAGGAACACUGUCUCAGAAUGCCAGGCUUGUGGUCUAAUGCCAGACUACCCGUAUCCAACACAACCUCCAAAACCAUCACCUACUACACCUCCAAGGCCUCCAAAGCCUCGCUGUGAUGAAACCUCAUGUUUCCGGGGUGUGAAAUGCACAGAGACAGAAAACGGAUUUCAGUGCGGACCUUGUCCUGAAGGUUACACUGGGAAUGGUGUCAUAUGUACUGAUUUAGAUGAGUGUCGAUUGAACCCUUGCUUCCCUGGAGUUCGAUGCAUAAACACUAUACCGGGUUUUAAGUGUGAGUCCUGUCCCCCUGGAUACACAGGACCAGUGGUACAAGGUGUUGGCACUACGUAUGCCAGGCAGAAUAAGCAGAUUUGCCUGGACAUCAAUGAAUGUGAUAAUGGAAGAAAUGGCGGAUGUGUCGCUAACUCUAUUUGCACUAAUACCAUGGGUUCUUUCCGCUGUGGACCUUGUAAAGAAGGCUUUGUCGGUGAUCAGACCAAAGGCUGCAAAGCAGAGAAGAAAGGCUGCUGGAACAGAGGGCAGUACCCCUGCCACGCCAAUGCGCAGUGUAUUGAGGAGAAGGGGGGAGACAUAGCCUGCGUUUGCAACGUCGGCUGGGCUGGUAAUGGAUAUUUAUGUGCUAAAGACACUGAUAUUGAUGGAUAUCCUGAUGAAGCUCUUCCGUGCAGCGAUGCCAACUGCAAGAAGGACAAUUGCAUGUACGUUCCCAACUCUGGCCAGGAAGACACGGAUAAGGACGGUAUAGGAAACGCCUGUGACGAUGACGCAGAUGGUGACGGUAUUCCGAAUGAGCAGGAUAACUGUGUACUGGUGGCCAAUGUGAACCAGAAAAAUAGUGAUCAAGACAUAUUUGGGGACGCUUGUGAUAACUGCCGAUUUAAACUGAACAAUGACCAGAGAGACACGGACAAUGACGGAGACGGUGACGCCUGUGAUGAUGAUAUGGAUGGAGAUGGUAUCAAGAACUUCCUGGACAACUGUCAGCGGGUCCCUAACAUAGACCAGAAGGACAGAGAUGGAGAUGGUGUUGGUGAUGCCUGCGACAGCUGCCCUGAUGUUAUUAAUCCAAAUCAGUCAGACACUGAUAACGAUCUGGUGGGAGAUUCCUGUGACACCAACCAAGACAGUGAUGGAGAUGGACACCAGGACAGCACUGACAAUUGCCCCUCAGUCAUUAACAGCAACCAGCUGGACACAGACAAGGAUGGCCUGGGAGAUGAGUGUGAUGAUGACGAUGACAACGAUGGAAUACCUGAUUUAACGCCUCCAGGUCCUGACAACUGCAGACUAGUCCCCAACCCAGGGCAAGAAGAUGACAACGAUGACGGAGUUGGAGACAUCUGUGAGUCUGACUUUGACCAGGACACAAUCAUUGACCGCAUUGAUGUCUGCCCAGAAAAUGCUGAGAUCACCUUGACUGACUUUAGAGCCUACCAGACUGUUGUUCUUGACCCAGAGGGAGAUGCCCAAAUUGAUCCUAACUGGAUUGUGCUGAACCAGGGAAUGGAGAUAGUACAAACAAUGAACAGUGACCCAGGACUUGCCGUAGGCUAUACAGCUUUUAAUGGUGUUGACUUUGAAGGCACCUUCCACGUGAACACAGUUACAGAUGAUGAUUACGCAGGUUUCAUUUUUGGCUAUCAGGACAGUUCUAGUUUCUAUGUGGUUAUGUGGAAGCAAACAGAGCAGACCUACUGGCAGGCUACUCCUUUUCGAGCUGUGGCAGACCCUGGCAUUCAACUCAAGGCAGUCAAAUCAAAGACAGGGCCUGGAGAACAUCUUCGAAAUUCUCUGUGGCAUACCGGAGACACCAAUGACCAAGUGAGGCUGUUGUGGAAAGACCCCAGAAAUGUAGGAUGGAAAGACAAGGUGUCUUACCGCUGGUUCCUGCAGCACAGACCUCAGGUUGGGUACAUUAGGGCCAGGUUCUUUGAAGGUAGUGAGCUGGUAGCAGAUACGGGAGUUACUGUGGAUACCACUAUGCGUGGCGGAAGACUUGGAGUAUUCUGCUUCUCACAGGAAAACAUUAUCUGGUCCAACCUGAAGUAUCGCUGUAACGACACGAUCCCUGAAGACUUUCAAGCUUUUCAAGCUCGGCAGUUUGUAAGUUAAAGAAGCAGAAAGCUAGAAGAGAAGUUUAUUUUUUUUGCCGUAAUCACAUUUUUAUUUGAUGUAACAAAUUUCUUUUUAUACCUACUGAACAUGAAUGUAUGUGAAAUGACACAGAUACAAUAAAGAAAGGGUUAAAAUUUG